ACCACCCAUCACCCUGUAGUACUGUUUCUGGCAGUUAAAACAAUAACAAGACAUCACAAAAGCAUUCAUUUUAAGGACACACAUUUGCUUUCUUGUUCCUUCACCUUUGCUGUUUGUGCUUUUCCAUCCAAACCUCAUCAAAGUUUCUUUCCCAAAGCACUUAUUACAAGUGGGGUUUUACAUUCCCUGCAGAUAACUGGAAGAAAAAGAAGACAUUUUGUUCAUUUUUUGCAGAAUUAGAGCUCAGAGAUACAAGGGGUUGGUAAAAAGCAGAUUUUUGUAUAAAAUGGGAACAAUGCAGAGGGAUUCAGUCAUUAACAAUGUGCUCAAGAAUCUUUGCUCUUCUUAUGGAUGGUCUUAUGGUGUUUUCUGGAGUCUUGAUCAGCAAAAUGCAAUAUUCUUGACUAUACAAGAUGCUUAUUUUGAUGAGGAAAUCAGGGGUUUGAUUGAAAGUUUGUGUCCACAAGUUCAUAUGCUAGGAGGAGGAUUAAUUGGACAAGUUGCUUUUACCAAGAACCACCAUUGGAUAUGCUUAGAAGACCAAAACCUACGACAAAGUUCUUCAAAUGCGAUCCACGAUGUGUUUCUGGAUGAUUCUGAAUUUAGUUGCCAAUUUUCGUGCGGUAUAAAGACAAUUGCAGCCAUCCCUGUGGAACCACAAGGAGUGGUACAAUUUGGGUCCACUAACAAGAUUAUAGAGACUGUUGAGUUUGUAACUCAAACAAAAAGAAUGUUUCAAGAAACUAUGAAUCAUGGGAUGUUUGAAGAUGCCUAUAUUCCAGGUGGCGCGCACAUUUCAGUGGGGCCCGCAUGUUCUUCGGCUUGUCCCGUACAGUCCUGCCUUUUGAGCUCAACUUCUCAACCAGUAAUACCGGAUCAUAAUCAGUCGGAUAAUUGGUUACAGCCAAAUAAUGCAUCAUUAGUAUCUGAACCCGGAGGUCUAGAAUCAUGGAGCUCGUUUCCUACUCAAUCCAACGGCCAAGAUUUGUUUGACCCGUUACCAGAAUUUGGAAUCUCGGAUGAUUUCGAUAUUUCCCAAUGGAUCCCACCCUCUCCUGGUCAAAGUCAAGAACCUAUUUCCAUGAACAAUGAAGAAAAUGGAGGGAACUUGAUGCCUAUGGUUGAUGAAAGUCAACUUGACUUUCAUCAUCAAAAGUCAACAAAAGGGUUGCUCUCAAAACUUGGGAUUGAUGAGCUUUUGGAGGGUAUUUCUGGUACUUCACAUGCUACGUCUUCGACCGCUAAAAGAAGGAAAGCAGGGAAUUCGAUAUGGGAAAUGAGUUCAUUACGGACGGUUUUGCAUAAACCAGGGCCUGGUCUGUGUAUGGCUAAUGGUUAUGGCAUGAACCGUUUGAGCACGGGUUCACAAGCUAAGAACCAAGUGGAACCACCAAAAGCCGUCAAGAAAAAGGCCAAACCAGGGACUCGACCACGGCCUAAAGACCGCCAGCAAAUCCUGGACCGUAUGGCUGAGUUGAGGGAACUUAUUCCCAAUGGCAACAAGAUGAGUAUUGACUCUUUAUUGGAUCGAACCGUCAAACACAUGGUUUUCUUGCAAAGUGUAACAAAACAUGCUGACAGAAUCAAACAGGCUGAUGAACCAAAGAAGAACAAAGACAAUGAUCCAAACUCGAAUGACGCGACAUGGGCUUAUGAAGUAGGGAACCAAACGAUGGGUUGUCCGCUUAUUGUUGAGGAUCUUAGUACCCCUGGACAAAUGCUUAUAGAGAUGCUGUGUGAAGACCGCGGGUUCUUUCUUGAAAUGGUUGACAUAAUAAAAGGCUUUGGAGUGAUAAUCUUGAAAGGUGUGAUGGAAAUACGCGAUAAGAUAUGGGCACGUUUUAUAGUCGAAUCUGAGGCGAAGCGACAUGUAACUAGGCACGAGAUAUUUGCAUCCCUUGUCCAGUUUUUACAAGCAACAUGCCUCGAUGAUAACCACGUUCGCAAUACGAUUAUGGAAGAAAAGAAUCGGGUACUUAACGGUUACCAGCAAUCUUUGGUGCAACUUCCUAUAAGCUUGCCAGAAACACACUAUUGCAUAGGUUUAUGACCAUUUUGGUUUAGGUUUGAAAUAUUAGUUUUCUUGAUUUGGUUUCUUUCUAGAAAUUUCCAUGGUAUGUUCAUAGGUUGGAAGCAAAAGAUGUAAUUUGUAGGCUGGCAGAUACCUCUUUAAUUGUUUC